AUGCGUUCAAGUUCAUGUUCAUCCUCGUCAACCGCGACGUUUCGGACAGACGACGUCCACCACGGUCUAGAAAACCAUUCCGCCACCAUACCGGGGCUUUUCGUCGUCAGAAAUGUGUUUGGUUCAGCAACUACAUCCGGGAGAAAGAGGAAAAACAUCGUUGAAAGUAAUACGCCCUCAUCUUCCGGUUCUCGUGCACCAGAAAAUAAACAAGAAGAGCUGGAACAAGCAGGGGUAGGAACAAAAACAGCAGCAUCUUCUUGUAAUUCCACAGCUUUGAAUGCUGCUUUGCGAGAGUGCCGGAAGCUGCUCCUGGAGACCGAGAAUUCAGAUGCGUCGUUGUGGAGAGACAGUGAAGCGAACCAAUGUGCUGAUGUUCUCGAAAACAGGCACGACAUUUUUGUGAGGGACCACUGCGACAAAAAGGAGACGACCUCGCUCGUUUCCAGUAGGACAUCAGCAACAGAGGCCCCCGACUGCACUGCGUCAACCGAUAAUUAUAUGAAAACCAGCUGCAAAAACGAAAAGAACCAGCAGUACAUGCAUUUUGGCACGCUGCCACCCUGGGUCACGCACGGGUUGAUAGAAAACGGAUUGAUACGAAAAAUCGAAGAAUUUACGAACGCCACUUUUUCCAGCGAGGCUACGCCUAUGCAUUACAAAUCAGAUUAUUAUCGUACUCGUAUAGAUGCAUUACAAAUUUCCUCAGCAUGAGAAAUCAAAUUUGUUAUGCGAAUGAGCCUUAAGAUAAAAAUUUGUAAUGCAUGACUGCAAGAAUACGAGUACGAUACUUUUGCACAGGAUAACGCCCUGGGAGGAGCUGCUGACAGAGUUUUUCGACGGUGAAGAGAAAGUGGAAAGGUUCAACUCGAUGAUUGUCAACCAGUACCACCCGACAAAGGCUCAGAUCCAGCACCUCGGAGGUGGCGCAGGAGAGCCUAGUGAAGAUGGUUGUCAUCAUCUGGCGUCAUCAUCUUCCUCUGCUUCUUUUUCUCGGCAAGAUUUGAACCACACGGGUCUACUUCGUAGUACAACUUGUGGUCGAGGACAAGUUCUCGUGGAGCAGCUUUGUGAAAAUGCGGGAACUCGUAGUACACGAAGAGGUGGAGCAGGACGAGAAGAAGAAGACCGGUACGCCAUUCGGCCACACGUGGACCUUUUGAAGUUUGGUCCCUGCGUAUGAGAGUGGACAAGCACGACUCCCCCGCUUCCUCAUUUGAUGAAUCAUGCAUCUGCACUAGAAGUUAGUCCAAUGCAUUGACUGUAGUACCAUCGCGCGGGCUUGGUCCUCGGCAACUUGUCAUGCAAACCCGGCCGAGAUGAACAGAACAGAACAAUAACUAACAUGAAGCAACCGCUGCAUGAUUUUUCGGUCGUGUUUGCCUCACAAUUAAACAGGGAGAGUCGUGCGCAACUCUCAUACUGUGUCGUCGGCUUCAACAUUUUAGAUGACGAAGUAAAUGGCAGUGUGCUACGGUUCCACGAGAUUCUUCCGCGACGCCUGGAAUCUGCCGCUGCUGUCGCAUCGGGAAUUAGUAGUUCUUGUACCAGCGACGGUUGUUGUACCAGUGCCGAUCCUACUGUCGUGUGCGACGAAAAAGAAAAUUAUGCUAGUAGUUCCAACAGUCAUGCUGCUACUGGUGAAGAGAACAAUGGACCGCCGCUCCUGCAGUCCUGCCAAGUGCUUCCUGGAGAGGAGCAAAACCUGGUAGAACAGGGGCGCAUUGGAAGCAUACUACUGGACGUUUUUCUCAAGCCAGGAGACUGCUACAUCCUCACGCGGGAAGCCAGAUACGCAUGCGCGCACUCCAUUUUGCCGGUUAUGGGUGAGAGAAUCUCCGUAACCGUGCGGGCAUGUUCUUGACAGCCUUGCUUUUAUUGCUUCUCCUGCUAGCACGGACGGAAAUUGAGUAGUAAGAACCCAGGUUAUUUUCGUUUUGAUACGGGAAAGAAAAGACUAAGACAGAUCGUCCCGCCGUGCAGUUGCAUGGAUCAUGUAGUAU